AUGGGCAUCUGCGCGUCUUGCCUGGGUUUGGCGAGACGGGAAAGUCAUGACUCCGAAGCGUCACGGUUGCUAGAUGACGAUGUCUAUCAGCCGGGCUAUAGCUACGGUACAGUUCAGGCACAGCGUCACGGGCCCGAUCCGGAAGACCUGAAGCGCGAAAGAGAAGCCUUGGAGGCAAUCUGCCAACGCACAUCGGACUCCGUAAUUGAUAUAUGGGCCGUCCAGUCGCAACCAUUAGUUCCUCCCGCGCAAGGCAGCACAGCUACCACAGCAUCCUCCUCCCGCCUCCCCAGCAACGAUCGAGCAAAUGUGGUCUCUCCGACACUGCUGUCAAAAGGUGAAGACGCUUCGGCACUCGCCCAUCCAACACAUCCGCAAGAACGCGCAGAUCGAUCCCCGUCGCCCCUUCCAGGCGAGAUUCCGGGAAUGAGAUAUUUCGCAUGCCGCGAUGCCGGACUGGGAGAGGCCACCGAACUAUCCGCCGUACCGAGACACUGGGGAGAAGUCGUCAUGACGAAUCGAAGAGGAAGAAAGAAGAGACCGGGUAUCAACGGGACCAAUGAAGAUGGCACCACGGCGGACGAUUUCUUCGGAGCAUUGGUGGUGAAGUAG